AUGAUGUUCUGGGGGCGAGGUGGCGGCGGUAAAUCCGCCACGACGUCGGCUACGGAGCACGCCGACGCGACUCGAUGGGUCUCCGAAGAUGCACAGAGCGCGGCAACCUCAACCAUACCAAUUGCACCUUCCUACGUCCUCUCAGAGCAGCGUCGGAGCGAGUUGUUGUUAGCUGCACGCACCAAUCGCGUAUCUUGGGUCGACGGCGUGGAUCAACGCGAUCGCACCGCCGGAUCCAAUGGGUUUCCAAGUAAUUUAUCAGCUUCCAUCAUCCCCAGUCGUUGUCACGACGCCCUCAUGAGCGUCAACGACGAGUUAGCCAAGUUUUUCGCGAGCUUAGACGAGCUGAAGCUCAAAAUUCUGCCCAAUGAGCUGCAGCUCACAGAGGAGGAACCAGAGACAGCUACAGACACCCGCAACGCAACCAGACGCUACCGAACGUUAUUCCAGGAGUUGAGAGAGCAGGAGACGCUUCUAAAUCAAUGGCAACGCUCUCACAGUCCACGGACGAAGAAGCUGAUGGGGCAUGAUCGAGAGAUGGCAUUUCUAGUGGGCUUCCGCGAGCUUGUGACGCUGUUAAAGAGCGCUCAGGCAGCCGAGCUGGUAUACCGUAUCCAGUCUUUUGUCAAGCGGGCGGAGCUGUGGGAGCUGCCGCUUAUGCUCCGAGCGAUUGCCACGAGAGACCGACCUGGAGGAAAAGUGCAGGACUUUGUCAGCAAAUUGGUCGGGCAGAUCAGGCACAGUGACAAGUUGCGGUCAUUGCUACAAGGCGGUGAAGACACAGAGACGCAGCGUAGACAUCUGCAUGUGAGAGAUCCGUACGGAGUGGAUCUGCUACAUGAAGUUCUGGAAGCUUUCUUGAUGGAGAAGCUUUAUAGCAAGACGCUGACUCCAUCGAGCGUCGUAGAGAGUCAAGACGAGGCGUUCCAUCAUCGUGUCAGCUUGUUGGGCUUCGUCACCUUCAAGCAUCUCGAUCUGCCAAUACCAAAGACGAAAGAGCAGGAACAAACGUGGCUUCGUCUCGCCAAGCAGCUGGAAGGUGUGACGUUGUGUCCGAGUCCUCGACGCAAGAUGGACGCGGUGAUGCGAGUCUGUCAGGACCUGACGACUUUCUUAAAGGCGCAAACUGGCGGUCGAUUCCCGUCAGCAGACGAUUUUCUACCUGCUCUCAUCUACGUCGUGUUGCGUGCCAACCCGCGCGAACUUAAGCGCAACGUGGCGUUUAUCUUGGAGUAUCGAAACCCUGCGAAGCUGGUGUCGGAGCCGGGGUAUUUCUUCACCCACCUCGUCUCCAGUGUGGCCUUCCUCGAGGAAGUGAAUGGCUCUAGCCUCACGAUUUCGUCGCAAGAGUUCGACGAGGAAUUGCGUCGAAGCAAAGAGAGUCUCCGACUGAAAGCGGCAGUACUGGAGAGCCCGUGA